ACAGGCUUGGACUAAUUAAUACUGGAAAAGAGGGCAACACAUUGCAUUCACUAUGAACACCAAACCACCCUUACAAGUUCCUAAUUUUAUCGGAAGCGGACCACCGUCGCGACCUCAAAGUCCAUCACUCUGUUUCACUGCUGCGUCCUCCAAACUAGAUAAACAUGAAAAUAUCACGCUUUGCGGGUGUCAGCAAGCGCCAAAAUCUCAAUGGGCCUCAGCCUUCGGAGUGCUCGUGCUGGUACUAGUCUAUACGGCCCUUGGGUCAGUUCUGUUUGUCACUCUCGAAGGAGACCAUGAUGAGGUCGACAUGAUUGAAUCCGCCGUUGCCGCGUCUAAACCAUAUCCUAGGCAUGAUUUGGCCAGUGCUGAAAUGCGUCUCAAGACCGUCGAUCGGCUGUGGUCCAUCACGGAGGACUUAAACAUACUCUACAAAGAAAAUUGGACUCGUUUGGCUGCACAGGAGGUUCUGCACUUUCAGGACACGAUACUCCGAGCAGUGCGCGCAUCCCGAACACAGAAAAUACCAAACAUGCAGCAGAAUGCGCGGCCAUACAAGUGGACCUAUGCUUCGGCGUUCCUUUAUUCAUUAACAUUGAUCACAACGAUAGGAUUCAGCGGGGUCUCUCCACGCACUCAGUGGGGUCGAGUAGCAGCAUUAAUUUAUGCGCUGUUUGGAAUACCUAUAAUACUGCUGUAUCUGUCAGCUAUUGGCGAAGGUUUAUCCAGUGGCAUGCGGUGCAUUUUUCGACGCCUAAGACCGUUUCGUUCAUACCCGGGCAGCACUAACAAUACCAACAGCAGUAGCUCCAGCAUCGGCAGCAUCAGUGUACCCAUGAGCAGCAAGGCCACGGCUGUCGAGCUCCAAAAAAGCUCGCAGCAGCCCAGCUACCACCAAAGUUGGAACCAUGGAGGACCAUUACAUGAGUCACGUAGCUAUACGCUGAAUGUAAAUGGUUUGCGAAAUGGUUUGACCGGCAGCAAGCAACCCCAAUCGGUAGUGCCAAUUUCCGUCUGCAUAAUGAUACUCAUCUCGUAUGUGACGCUGGGUGCGGUACUAUUUCAUAAACUGCAGCCAUGGGGAAUCUUGGAAAGCCUGUACUUUUGCUUCACUUCGCUCGGAACGAUUGGGUUUGGGGAUCUCAUGCCAAAGGGCAACGUUGCGCAAUAUGCGGCGUCGGCGUAUAUCAUCGUUGGCAUGGCCGUUGUUGCUAUGUGUUUCAGUCUCAUUCAAACCGAGCUUAUCAUAUGGCUGAGAAAGUUUACCAUUCCGGAAUCGCUACCUUCGUCUACCGAAGACGUAGCCCUUGUGUCGGUGGCCUUGACGCCAAUCAAAUCUUGACAACGACCGAACGAUCUGAUUCCAAACGAAUACAACUCACUACCGCGUCGCUCGAGCGCUUUUCUUCGAAACACACCAGCCCGCCGAUCUACCGGAAUUAUGGAGAACCAUAUGGAAUACUUCGUACCUCGUAGCGUGAGCGAAUUCAAUCUAUCCGGCGUUGGAGAUCUCGCAUUACCGCCCGCCAAACGAAGUAUUGUCUCACAGCAUGCCGCCAGCUCGAUGAUCGCGGUGCCGAAGCCACGUGAGAAGAUGGUCACAUUCGAAGAUGAAUCGAAAUGUCUGCACGGUAUGCCAAACACGCCGCGGAAAGCGACUUUGGGAAACGAUGUAUUCAUGUGACGCGAAGGGUCCGGUAGUGCUGAAACGCAGCAGCACCAAUACGCAAGUGAUGUAAUCAAGGUUUGAUUUUGACCAACCGAUUCAAAACUCUUGUUGGUUCGACAUUUUAUAUUCAAACAUUUAGCUGAA